UAUUCGCACCCCUGCCUGCUAGACCCUACUCUUUCUUCCCUGCUUCAGGUAUGGCUCUGUCACUUGUGGGAGACUAUGGGGGUUCGGGUUCUUCUUCUGAGGAGUCAGAGGAGGAGCCAGAGGAGGAGCAAAAGCCGAAGAAACCUCAGGUCUCCCUCCCGUCAGCCGCGGAUCUGUUCGACAGCGUAGACACGAGCUCCUCCUCCUUCCUGUCCGCCCCGGCGGCAUCAGCAGCGGACGCCCCGCUCACAACACCCAAGCGCAAGAAAACAGAUGGCGGCAGCAGUAGCAACGUGAAGAGCAAGGACUCGAAGGGGGGGGCGGGGAGCGCGAACAAGGGCCUGGUUCCCCCGCAGAUGUCUCGGCCGAACAUCGUCACGGAGGACUCUGCCUUGUGGUCCUCGGACGCGUCGAGGAAGCGGCAACGGCAAGGCGAGGCGGAGAGGAGAGGGGCCGCGGCCGCGGCUGCGGGGGGAGCGGGCAAGGGAAAAGGUGGGGGCGCGAAAGAACUGACGUUCAAGCAGAGAGAGAAGGCAAAGCGAGACAAGGGGCAGGCGUCGCGAGGCAAGAGCUACGUUGAGGAGGAGAAGCGGUUGCUGAGAGAACUCGGCUCGUCAUAGCGGCUGGCUCUCUCCCGUGUUUCCCCCAUUAAAGAUUCAGUAAACCACCACCGGUCGAAAUCCGUACGCGAGUACGCGCGUUUUGGAGGGCUCGCCCUCCACGUGAGCGCCUUUUUCGCGCUGUUUAUACAUUGCCGCAGGUUUCAGCAGCAAGUCAGCGAAGUUGUGCUGUUUCGCCUGAAUGUUGCAUUUCAUUUCGUAUGGGUCGUCGUAAGUCGCUACCAAAUAAGCCGGUCGCCCCGGUGGUCUAGUGGUAUCCUCGGAAACCGCUAAUCGCAGAUGUCGUGAGGUCGAAUCCCCAUGGGGUGAAAAACUUUCUAAAUUUGCGGGUGGGAGCGAAAUAUAGCUAAAAAAGCUCUCGUGAGUAUCAACGUUAGCACCGUUGAGAAGGGAAAGGGACGGCUGGGCCCUUCUCGCGAUAAAAAAUAAAAAUGCUGCAUGGAUGGCAAGAGGAAGGUAGGGCAUGAAAAUAUAUAAAAAGAAGAAAAAAGCCCUG